AUGAUCGUGGGUAUCGGCUACAACGGAUUCCCAAAUGGCUGCGGUGAUGACGAGCUGCCGUGGGCACGUGAGACUGCAACUAACUCGCCACUCGAUACGAAGUACCCAUAUGUUUGUCACGCAGAGAUGAAUGCCAUACUGAACAAGAACUCCACCGACGUCAAAGGAUGCUCAAUUUACGUGGCGCUCUUCCCUUGCAACGAAUGUGCCAAGCUCAUCAUUCAGAGUGGCAUCGCACGCGUCGUUUACUAUUCCGACAACUGGAAGUUCGUGGCAUCACGUCGGCUCUUGGACAUGGCUGGCGUGCAAUAUACACAACACAAACUUCAGCUCUCAAAAGUCGUCAUUGAUUUCACUUCAGUCAUGUAA